AUGGUAGGAAGAGGUUAUGAAAGUCCAUCAGUCAUUGAUGACAUGUUGGAUUUGAGUAAAACCCCUGCUAAACCUCACUAUCAUCUAGCAGCUGACUUUCCGUUAUUAUUUAUUACUGGCACCUACCCAGAAUCUUCUUUGAAUUGGCAAACAAGUGAAGCUGCUCAACUAGAUUUGAUUAAACAUUAUCAAGAAUUGUGGUCGGAAUACAGAAUCCGAUCAGCUAUCGUGGGAAGAAUAUUAAACCAUGUUGAAAGUACCUUUCAAAAAAGCUCACCAAUCAAUCAUCAUUUGGAUCAAAUAUCUCGAGAAGCUAAAUUUAUUAACCAUUUACAACCUUCUGGUAAAAAAACUGCAAUUAAAAAACUAUCUACAAGACACGUGGAACUUACUGUGGAUGAAAAAAUCGAAAACGUACGUAAAAAAAGGAAAACAAACACAUGCAGUUUGGAGAAAUCGAUAGAAACUGAAAUUACUGAGCACUGUACAUAA